AUGGCAAACGAGAUCAAGCUCAUCUCUGGGAGCUCCCACCCGGAGCUGAGUGCUCUGGUGGCUAGUCGACUUGGCAUCAAUAUCGCCAACACCAUGAGCCUCAACUACUCUAACCAAGAGACGAGUGUUUCCAUUGGAGAGUCCGUGAGAGAUGAAGACGUCUUCAUCCUUCAGUCGACAGCGCCGGGUGACGUCAACGAUGGUCUCAUGGAGCUGCUCAUCAUGAUCCACGCUUGCCGCACUGCGUCUGCUAGACGUAUCACGGCCGUCAUUCCUAAUUACCCCUACGCUCGCCAGGACAAGAAGGACAAGUCCCGUGCACCCAUUAGUGCCAGACUGAUUGCAAACAUGCUGCAGGUGUCCGGCUGCAACCAUAUCAUCACUAUGGACCUGCAUGCCUCACAGAUCCAGGGGUUCUUCAAUGUGCCUGUAGAUAACCUGUAUGCGGAGCCAUCCGUCCUGCGGUGGAUCAGCGAGAACCUGGACGUUGAGAACUGCGUCAUCGUCUCUCCAGAUGCUGGCGGUGCGAAGCGCGCCACCUCGCUUGCAGACCGUCUCAACACCGGAUUUGCUCUGAUUCACAAGGAGCGCCCGCGACCUAAUGUUGUCGGCCGCAUGGUUCUUGUGGGUGAUGUUCAAGACAAGGUGGCUAUCCUUGUGGAUGACAUGGCCGACACCUGUGGAACUCUGGCCAAGGCGGCGGAAACCCUCAACAGCCACGGCGCUCGCCAAGUCUUUGCUAUUGUCACUCAUGGCAUCCUCAGCGGCACCGCCAUUGACACCAUUAACAACUCCCAUCUAUCUGGCCUUGUUGUCACCAACACCGUUCCCCUUGGCGAUAAAACCGAGCGCUGCCCUAAGCUCAAGGUCAUCGAUGUGUCUGGCACACUUGCUGAGGCUAUUCGACGAACCCACAAUGGCGAAUCAGUGUCAUACCUUUUCACCAAUGUUCCCGUCUAG